CUGUGUCUGUAGCAGCGAUUUGUAACAAAAGGUUCUACUGUGUCACUGCUACGCAGAUGCAAACUAGAAUGGGUACCGGAACCGUGGUGUUCAUCAUCCUUGGUCUGGGACCUUUACUGCCUCCGUAGUGCGGACGCUCAGUAUUACAAUUCGUGUGAGUGAUUAUGGUUUUACUACAGUGUACUUGUGAUAUUCAGUGUUUUUUGCUACAGUUCGAUGAAACAGAUCCCAAUUUGGAGAACACAUGCAACCAAAGCCUAACGAUUGAGUGUCCCUACACGUACACCGGUCGAGCCGGUACAUUCCGCUAUUAUUUCAUACCGGAUUUGCCCACGGGAUUAUGCUAUUUCAACGUAACACUGGCAUCCAACUGCGGGAGGUCGUGGGACUUUUUCGCUUUUUAUUUCAACAUUCGGAAAUUUGUUUUGCCGACUGCCGACUAUGUCCGAAUCUAUGGAACUGACCGACUGGCAGCGCGUAUCCUUCUCAAAGAGUUAACCGGCUCCUAUACUGCUUGGUCCAAUCCCUCCUCCGUCUCGCAAGCUCUGACGUCGUACGCCAAACAGCCAUCCUUCACUUUCGAAUAUUUCCGCAGCACAUUCGCAUCGACAGGAGUGCAUGAGGCGUACAUCGAUUUUGUGGUUGUUGAAGAUAGUUCACAUUCAAUGAACACGCGGUGCACAGCAUUGUCGGGAUAUGUGAACAACAACUUCAUCUGUCAUACGGACGGAGCGAAUGACCGCGUCAACUGUCCAGCCAGCUUCAAUCCCGUUGUGUAUGGAAUGAAUCCGGUCUACACAAGGCAAUCAUGCAUUGCGCAGCCGACUAGCCCGUAUUAUUCUUACACGUCCACACCGAGUUACUGGAAUUCCCACGGUCUCAUAGGAAAAAACGAAUGCGGCAUACUUUGCGCUGAGUACCGUACGGAGGUACGAGGGUCGGUAUUGCAAACAGGAAUUCCCGAGAAACAUCAAUUCAAGCGAGAUUGUAGACUGAACCAAUUCGGAGGACAAAAUUAAGCACAACAAACAACAGUCAUAAACUGAACGAAAUAUUCAGAGAGAUAUCUGGAAGCCAGUAUCCUAAUUAAAACAUCAAAUUGGAAUUGGUCUUCGAUGCCUCGAUUAAAAUCCAAACUGGUCUCAAACGGGAAUUCCAGACGCCAGGUUACCUACAAGGCACAAACAGGGCACAUUCACUACACUGGAAACCUUAUUCCAUUUUCAAACAAAAUCAUUUUCACACCAACGCCAGUCAGUUUUACAUUUUUUUAUUUUGCAUGCAGAUGUAACUUACCGUUUUUGAUUUCAUUCAGUAGAAGCGGCUUUCCCAGAUUUAACUGCAAAUGUAACGAUGGAAAUUCCCGGAAUUCCUGUGGAGACAAUAAAACACAACUGCUGGAUGCCAAGAUUCAUAGAUGCACAUAGAUUUUCACCCAAAUAAAAUUUUAUUAAAAUUGCAUUUGCAGGGCUUUACUUUUGUGAUGUUAAGCCAUUAUUUUGACAAUAAGCAAAGUAGCACAAGCAUAUGUCAGGAAUUCCCGCGGGAUAAAAGAAUUCUUACCAGAAAAAUUUACCUUAAAGAGGACUGGCGCAUCUUUUCGAAAAACGUGCUUUCUUGGUCGUGGAAUUUGCCAGAUAAUUAUUAUCGUACGAGUUGCUGCCAAACAGCGAACCUCCAAAUGAACGCGAUUCCAUAUUUUUAUUGGCGUUUGUCGGUUGAAACUCCAAGUUCCUCAACAUUAUCGUUGACGAAAAUCAUCACAGGAAUUCCCGAACAACAGCAAACCACAAACAAU